AUGCAUAUUCAUGCAGAAAAGCAAGCUCAUAUAUGUGAAGUAUGUAAAAAGAUGUUUACUCGGAAGGAUAAUUUAAACCAGCAUAUGCUUACUCACACAGGAGAGAAACCUCAUAUGUAUGAAGUAUGUGAGAAAUCAUUUAAUAGAAAAGCUAGUUUAAACAUGUAUAUGUUCAUUCACACAGGAGAGAAAUCUUAUAUAUGUGAUGUAUGCAAGCAGAUGUUUAGUGAAAAGAGAAGUUUAAGCAAGCAUAUGCUUAUUCACACAGGAAAAACACAUUAUAUGUGGGAAGAAUGUAAUAAGAUAUUUACAGAAAAGGGUAGUUUAAACAUGCAUAUGCUUAUUCAUACAGGAGAGAAACCUCAUAUGGGAGACGUAUGUAAGAAGACAUUCAGCGAAAAGGGAGAAAAACCUCAUAUAUGUGAAAUAUGUAAGAGAUCAUUUAAUCGAAAAGCUAAUUUAAAUGUGCAUAUGCUUAUUCAUACGGGAGAGAAAUCUCAUAUGUGUGAAGUAUGUAAUAAAACGUUUAGUUUAAAGUCUGUUUUAAAGCAGCAUAUGCUUAUCCACACAGGAAAGAAACCUCAUAUGUGUGAAACAUAUGGAAUAGCAAAAACAAAUUUUGUACCUACAUUUUUUAUGAAUGUCCAAAUUGUGGGGGACGCGUUCCGCCUUGGAUCGGAACGACUCUUGUGCAUCACAUUUAUGGCUAUGGAGAAUCUCGGAUCCUUCAGCGAGGCGAAAUCUCAAUGA